AUGCCGAAGCAAAUCCAUGAGAUCAAGGAUUUCCUUCUAACUGCAAGGAGGAAAGACGCACGUUCGGUGAAAAUAAAGAGGAGCAAAGAUGCUGUGAAGUUCAAGGUCCGAUGCUCAAAGUACCUUUACACACUCUGUGUGUUUGAUACAGAGAAAGCUAACAAGUUGAAGCAAUCCCUCCCACCAGGUUUGAGCGUGCAGGAUUUGUAG